AUGUCAAGAUCAAGUAUUCCGGAAGACAUCCAAGAAGAGAUUCUAUUAAGGUUACCAUUGAAAUCCAUUUUAUGUUUCAAGUCUGUAUGCAAGAGCUGGAAUGCAUUACUUUCUAGCCGUAAGUUCAUAAAGGAUCACCUUAAUCUCUCCACCAAAAACCACCAUAGAAACACAAAAAUUAUGAUUGGAGUCUAUGACUAUGAUUAUAUGCACGAUGCCGAUGAUAUAUUUUAUUCCAUAGAUUAUGCUUCAACACUAUGCGGAGCUGUUCUUAUGAAUUACCCAAACGACAACAAUAAUAAUGCUAUAACUCAUACUAAUCGCCAUUUAAUUGUGGGGUCUUCCAAUGGCUUGAUUUUGUUAUUGGCCUCUGAUAGUGAAAAACUAUUUCUUUGGAACCCAUCAACAAGAGAGUACAAGGAAAUUAUAAGAGCACCGGCGCCCGAAGAAAGCCUCCUUUCAUAUGGUUUUGAUUACGAUGCCAAAACUGAUAAUUACAAGUUGGUAGGCAUUGCAACUGGCCAGUCUGAUGAUGAUGGCGAGCUUGACAAUUUUUCUGAAGUUUAUUUGUACAUAGCUGGUUCAUGGAUUAGACGCCAAAACAUCCCUUAUGUGUAUUCGGAUGUUACUGGUGGUGUGCUUCUGAAUGGUGUUCUUCAUUGGUUAGGUGAAGCUGUACACUGGUCAGGUGAUACGGCCACUCGUGAAAAAACUAUAAUCUCCUUUGAUAUUAACACUGAGAAGUUCAUUGGUUUACCACUUCCUGAAGAAACUAUGACAUAUCCAGAAGAGAUAUUUGAUGUCCAAGUUCUGGGAGAUUCCCUUUGCUUAACUUCUGGUGUCCGUGAUGUUCGUGUUGAUGUAUGGGUUAUGCAAAAUUAUGGAGUGAGAGAAUCUUGGACAAAGCAAUUCACCAUUAGCCAAAAAAGAAUGACUGAAGAGCCCCGAUUGUUAAAGUUCUAUGGCUCUAUUAAAGAUAGUGAGAUUCUAAUACAGAGUUACGUGGAGAGCUUAGUUUCGGUGAGUUCAGGUACUUAUAUGGGUACAACGGAAAAAAAACAGUCCAAGGAUGCUAUUGAAAUUCAAGAUUCUAACUCAAAGAAAAACACUGAAGUUACAAUGGAAGAAGCUGCAGAUAAAGAAGCGAAACGCAAGCAUAAUGAACUACUAGCUGAAAGUAGUAGCAGUUCUAAAAGAAAACGAGCAUCUUAUGAAAAUAAAGAAUUGGAUGCCGUUAAUUCUUCUCUUGGUGAUACUUUAUUUGUCAACGUAUAA